UUUGACAUGUUCAUGAUCAUUUUCUUGUUAUUCUCUGCUUCUUUUUUGUUCACCAUCCAUCUAUUGGGUUUUGAAGAAAAUAAACUUGUAGAUUGGGUGAGGAACUGGAGGCUUGUAACGCAAGAACCAGAAGAGGCAAGCUUUGAGGAAACGUUUGAAACAUUUACCAGAGAAGAUGACUCAACCAGAGAUAGCCAAUUUUCUGUGACGCUGCUGGAUCCAGAUGUUCUUGACUGCCCGGUUUGCUGCGAGCCCCUAAAGAUUCCUAUAUUUCAGUGUAAUAAUGGUCAUCUAGCUUGUUCACUCUGCUGUGGAAAACUUAACAAUAUAUGUCCAUCCUGUAAGAUACCGAUUGGGUACAGUCGAUGCAGAGCGAUGGAGAAGGUUGUUGAAGCAUCUAGAAUAUCAUGUCCAAAUGCGAAAUAUGGGUGUAAAGAGAGUACAUCGUAUGGAAAUCGAUCUAGCCAUGAGAAGCAAUGUGUUUUUCACCCAUGUCCGUGCCCUAUGCGUGGCUGCAACUAUUUCGGAUCAUACAAGCAUCUCUACAACCACGUCCGUGCUAAACACAUAGAGGAACGAAUUCAGUUUAUUUGGGACAUUAGCCUUACGCUAGAGUGGGACCUCAAUAAGACGAUUGAUGUUCUUCAGGAGGAAGAAGACGGGGAACUGAUUGUAGUUCAAGUUUAUAGAAAAUCACACGGGUUGAUUGUCCGUGUGAGCUGCAUUGCACCUUUAGAACAAGGUGAAUUUUCCUGCACUCUGAAAUUUGCAGUCUUGGGUAUUGAGCUGAAGCAGGCAUUGGUGCUGAGGAAAAUUCGGAAAGUGAGGGAUAAACAGCCUAUAUAUGGUUUCAUGUUGAUUCCUUCGUAUAUGUUGCCUAGUGAUGGCAACUUGAAAAUGGAGAUUUGUAUUAGCCGCGGUCAGGUCCAUCUUGAUCAUGCGUGAGUGUCAACGUAGUUGCUGUAAAUAUGUAUAAUAUUGUGUAUAAGAAAUUUGAUUUGAAAUGGUUGGUUAUCAGGGUAUUUGA